AAUCGCCGGCCAGUCCGCCGCGGUUCUUCCUCGAGUGCAGUUCUCGUUGGAGGCGAGAAUCGUCUCUUUCCUCGUUCGUUAAGUCGGUUAAAUGCCCCCUUGACAGUUCGCGCGCGCGCGCGCGCGACAGUGUCGAUUGCGUAAUCCGCGAGCGGAAAACUCUUCGUCGUGCGAGAACGCUUCGAGUGAGAAAAUAGCGGGUGAUAAUAGACGGUGAACACGGUGGCGCACAGCUUCGGAGAGAGUUUGUUGCCGUCGUGUUAUCGAAGCGUUCGUUAUUAUAAAAAAAAAAGUUUUAAACUGAGUUACUCGUUCGCGACAAAUGUGCGAAUAUCGGUGAAGUGUGUUUAAAGAGACAGUGGAUUGUGCAAUAAGUAAUUUCGAGUUUCUCAGGUAAAAUGAAUUCGUAUCUGUUCAUAUCGCCAGAAUUUUGUUGAAACAACGUAUGCGUCCGUUUGGUCCAGACACAUCACUCUUGUUUUGAAAAUAUCCUCAUUAUUGGCAUGUGAAUCUUGAAAUGGGAUUACAUGGCGUUAAACGAAGACACGUUGCUUAUAUCAAUACGUAUUAUAUGUAUAUAUGUGAUUCAACGUAGACAAAUAUAUUCUUGCUGGAGAGUAAUUUUGACGAAUGGAAAACACGAAAUAAUGAACUGAGAAUAUAAUGUUUUUAAAUGUCGAGGGAGAAGAUAUCAUUAUCAUCAAAAUAAUUAUAAUGUACUGUCUGUGAGAAUAUUAUAAUUGUAAUAUUAAUUAUAAUAUUUAAACAAAAUUACAGAGAGUAUUGUUAAAAUCCAAGGCUUUGAAAUUCUUCUAAUCAAAUUAAAUAUUGUUGCUUAUAUAUGAAACAAUGAUUGUUAAUUCGAGUACAUUGGUAUACUAAUAUCUUUUUUCCGUCAUUCUCCGCAUACAUUGUUUCACAAAGUGAAACAGCGAGGUAAAGGUACGAGUUUUAUCUGAAAAACCCAGAUUUCUUAAGAACCGUCUACAAUGGGAGUAAAGUAUGGCUGUUAGAAAUGAGAGUAAGCAAUUGACCAAUCACAAUCGAAUGUGAGAAGAAUAAUCGAUUGUGACUGUGAUUGGUCAAUUCCUUACUUCUUACAGCCGUACUUUAUUCCCUGUAAACGGUUCACACACAAGUCGAUAUGUCGUCGCAUCGAGUAACGCACGUGGAUUUACAUUUAUUUGUGCAGAGCGGAGUUGUCAUCCUUCGCACCUGCCGGCUGUUCCAUCUGCCGCGAUAAUGAUCGACAGUUUAUCGACUCGGCGACCAUACGUCCACGCUAAUCACGUCUGACGGACGAUUACGCGCUCCUCCGCCGUCGGGGGGACGUCGUCGCGUUCGCGACGCGCACAGUUUGCCGAAUUAAUCGCGCGAAUUCGCGUCUCUGUCGCUGACAGAGACGUCGCCGGGCGGAAACGUCGGGCUGCGUUUCCGUUUCGGCAGGAAUAAAACGUCGCACGCGACGUGUGUGUGUGUGAAAUCCAAUAAAAGCCUAUUCUCGCUGCUGGACGCCAGUCGGUGGAACAUGAUUCUUCCUCCCACCUGGACGACGGCCCGAUGCGUCGCGGCGCGGUCGAAAAAGUCGCGCGACACGAUUGAGCGUACUGCGUAGCUCUUUUUGUCACGUCGGAUCACCUAAAAAUAAAGGUGCGAGCGUCGCGUAGGCGGUCGUAUCCUACGGGGACCCGGACGACCUCGCGCGCGUGUCCCUCGUGUCGUGAGUCAUUCACGAGUCACGCGUCAAACGCGAUUAUUUUCCAAGUGUCAUCGCGACGAACGAACGCGCCGCUAUGAUCACGGAUUGGCUGGACACAUGGUUUGGCCGGCCGAAGAAGUCCGGCCGCGGGGGUGGGAUGCGCAACAACUCGGGCAGCAACACCAUGCCUCGACCCCAUUCCGGCGACGAUAUCAACGAGAUCGAGCAACAGCGUUCCAUCAUCGAGAGGAUGGACGAGGAAACGGUGAACGAUAAAUUCGAGGAGAUGCUGGCCAACAUGAACCUAACCGAGGAGAAGAAAGAACCUUUGCGCCAGCAAUCGGACUCGAAGAAAAAGGAGAUGCUGGUCCUGCAUUACAAGGGUACCAUACAAGACAAUCGGUCGAAAUUCGACAAGCCGGCCGAUUACAUUCAGUAUCUGGCGCAGCCAGACCUCAGCGUCAACAAGAUCUACAACUGCAUCGAGUCUCUGAGGAUCGCGCUCACCAACAAUCCGCUUAGCUGGGUGCAGGAGUUUGGCACGAAGGGACUCAAGCAGGUCUUGGCCACGCUCAAUGAGUGUUAUCGGAAUGCCUUCAUAUAUUACGAUAGUGAUAGCCGAUACGAGCGGAUACAGUACGAAUGCAUUCGCUGCUUAAAAGCCAUCAUGAAUAAUACUGUCGGUAUUAAGGAGAUGUUGGCCCAUCACGAGGCUCUCACCAUCGUGGCCCGAUCGUUAGAGCCGACGAAACCGUCCGUAAUGUCCGAAGCCGUCAAGUUACUCGGUGCGGUGUGCCUCAUCUCGAGUGACAGUCACAAGAAAGUUUUGGACGCGAUCACUAUGAAUGGCGAGUUCAAAGGUCGCGAGAGGUUUCUACCGAUCGUGCAAGGAUUGAUGAACAAGAAAAAUGAAAACCUAAGGGUAGUGUGCCUUCAACUUAUAAACUCGAUAAUAUCGUCCGCGGAGGAUUUGGAUUUUCGCUUACAUUUGAGGAACGAGGUGAUGCGAGUCGGUCUGGCCAACAUCCUCGAAACUCUGGAGAAGGACGAGUCGGAUGACCUAGCAACGCAUUUAAAGAUUUUUAACGAUCACAAGGAGGAGGACUACGAGGAAUUUGUACAGAGAUUUGACAACGUGCGGUUAGAAUUGGACGAUAUUAACGAUUGCUUCGAAGUGGUAAAACAUAUAGUGUUGGACACAUCCGCCGAGCCGUAUUUUUUAUCUAUACUUCAACACCUUUUAUUUAUCAGAGACGACGUUCUAGUUCGACCGGCCUAUUACAAAUUGAUCGAGGAGUGCAUAUCGCAAAUAGUGUUACAUCGUUCAGGCUGUGACCCGGAUUUUAGCGCGACCAGGCGCUUUCAAAUUGACGUGCAACCCUUAAUCGAUAACCUAGUCGAGAAAUCACGGGCCGAAGAAGAGCGACGGCUAGUGGAGAUAUCUCAAAAGUUGGAGGAAGCUAUCGCCAGCAGGCAAGAAGCAGAAGCGAAGCUUCAACAUGCGGAGAACAAAAUCAAAGAGUUGGAGCAAGGAACUGGAGGAGCGAGACCGGCCGGCGGUGGUGCCAGAACUACUGUGGGCCCACCACCGCCGCCGCCGCUUCCUGGGAUGGGCGGCGGACCACCGCCUCCACCACCUCCUCCUCUUCCCGGUGGCGGUGCACCGGUUCCACCGCCGAUGUGUCCACCCCCGCCACCUAUGCCCGGGUCGAGAGGUCCUCCGCCUCCACCGAUGCCUGGCGCACCCGCGCCGCCACCUAUGCCGGGAAUGGGUCCUCCACCGCCACCGAUGGCUACGUUCUCGCCAAUUCCGCCGACACAGGUCUUACCACCUGGAUUAAAACCGAAGAAGAAGUGGGAAGUGGAUGGUCCACUGAAGAGAGCGAAUUGGAAAGCGAUCAUGCCUCACAAACUCACGGAGAAGUCAUUCUGGAUGAAAGUGCAGGAAGACAGACUAGCUAGCCCGGAGAUAUUGGACGGUCUUGUGCAGAAAUUCGCGUCGAAACCAAGUGGGAAGAAAAUAGACGAUGUGGUCGAUAAGUCAGUUUCAACGAAGAAAGUGAAGGAUCUCAAAGUUUUGGACAACAAAGCAGCACAAAAUAUAUUAAUACUUCUCGGUGGGACACUGAAACACAUGCCUUACGCGGAUGUAAAGACGUGCUUACUUAGAUGCGAGGGACCAGUUAUUUCGGACAAUAUAUUGCAAGGAUUAAUUCAAUAUUUACCGCCACCGGAUCAGUUGUCCAAAUUACAGCUCUACCAGGAUCAAUAUGACGACUUAACCGAGGCGGAACAAUUCUGUGUUACGAUAUCAUCGAUAAAGAGGCUAAUGCCAAGAUUAAGAUCUUUGAGCUUUAUGUUGCGAUACGAGGAAUUGAUACAAGAUGUGAAACCUGACAUAGUGGCGGCCACAGCGGCGUGCGAAGAAGUGAAGAAUAGCAAAAAGUUCGCGCGGAUUCUCGAGCUGAUUUUGUUACUCGGGAAUUACAUGAAUUCCGGUUCCAGAAAUGGACAGGCGUUCGGAUUCGAGAUCAACUUCCUCACGAAGUUAACUGGUACUAAAGACGUCGACAACAAACAAACCCUCAUGCAUUACUUGGUAGACACGAUAGAAAGGAAGUUCCCAGAGUGUCUUAGUUUCGCUGAGGAACUGGCUCACGUGGAUCGCGCUAGUCGAGUGUCUUUGGACAACGUCCAACGAACACUGCGUCAAAUGGAGACCAACAUCCGCAAUCUCGAGCAAGACCUCGCGAACGCCAAGGUUCCGCAGUGCGACGACGACUUACUUAUAAACGUGAUGAAACCAUUUGCAAAGAAAGCCAGAGAGUCUUACGAGGUUUUGCAGAAUAUGUUCAAAAAUAUGGACGGUUUGUACUCGGAGAUCUCCGAGUUUUUCUCCUUUGACAAACAGAAGUACACCAUAGAAGAAUUCUUCGGUGACAUCAAAACGUUCAAGGAUGAUUUCACGCAAUCGCAGAGGGAGAUAAUAAAGCUAAAGGAAGGCGAAGAGAAGCAGAGACGGGCAAGGGAGGCGCGCGAGAAAGCAGAAGCGGAAAAGGCGGCGCGAGCCGCUCGCAAGCGUGCACUAGUCGACAUGAAUGCACACGAGACGCAGGAGGGUGUCAUGGACAGUCUGAUGGAGGCCCUACAAACUGGAUCCGCCUUCAGCCGGCCGGAUCAACGACGCAAGCGACCGACGCGUGUAGCUGGUGGUAAGUUCUAUAAGGCCACGUACAUCUGGAGGCAAAUGACGAAGAAGGAGCAAGCUACUCAGCGAUAUGCACUUAGAAAUAAUUUAUGCGAAAAUUCCGCUAAAAUGAAGUAUAUAAAUGUAACGCCUCGCGGGAUAGCACGGCGCGACAUAUUUCGGAGGAUUGCGAGAGUACACACACCGGGCGACUCGAUAAGCUACUUUACGCCUGAGGAUAAUCAGGAGCUAUACAAGCAAAUGUUGAUAGAUGAGGCUAAGAAGACGCCCAGAUUAACGAAGCACAUGUCCAGGAUCACGUACUUUCAGAAAAGAAGGCAAUGCAGUAGGUGUAGUCGCGGGUAUUUCACGACGCUACCGAUAGACGACGACGAAACUCCGAAGAGAAACGUUCUGCUAGAGACAUUUGCAAAUUUCGAGCCCAGAUGCAUCGCUGACACGGCAGACUCGGAUAUGUGUGUCGAUGAGAACGCCUUGCUUCUCAACGAAGCACGUAUGCUCAGUCCGGUCAAACAGAGGCGCGUUGUUAUUAGUAAGAUACGAAAGCGAAACAGUAUAGUGCGCCGCGCCAUAUCAAAUCGCAGACGUAUACGGGAGAACGUCAGACGCCGCAGAUCGCACACGCGCAUGCAAAGCCCACCCAAUAUGAAUAGCAGCCUGCCUCCCAUCGGGUCAGCUUCGAACACGAAUAUCGCGAAUGUGGGGAUGUCAAAGUCGACCGACAAUAUCUUCGUCAAGUCGAGCAAAAGGGCAUCCACUCCAAUCAAGCUCUUAAGAUCGAGAAACUACGAGAAUUUGACGUGGUUCAAGGACGAAAGAUUGAACAUACGAUAUAAGAAGAGCAAGUCCUUCAACUCGAGCGCAUCGAUCGAGAUGAGCGGAAUCGCGUUACUGUCGGAAAGUAGUCAAACAUCGUUAUACGCGGUCAAGUCAAAUAAUUCGAUUAUCACGACGAAAAGUCUGAACACGUCGUCCGAGGAGGCGUGUGAGAAAUUUGCGAGUACGCAGGAGCGAUCCUUUUUAGAAACAAGCGUUUUAAGUAAAAGAAGUCAUUACAAUCAAUUCAAGACGUUGAGGCGCAAGUCGCGGAAGAAGAACUGGAAGUUUUGGCGAAAGCCUAAAAGUAUCGGAAUGUAG